UAGAAGAAGCAAAGCAUCUUCUUCCAACAGGGACAAAUAGAUAGAGGGAAGAACAUAGCAAUCAAGUUGUAGGAAAGGGUUAUUUAUUACAUUAAAAAAAACUGUAGGUAGCCGCUAGAUCCGUAUCUAGCGACAGUAAGAGAGAUGGGCGGGGUGAUAUUGAUGCUUUUUUUGUGCUUCUCAGCUGCAGCAUUUAUCUCUGAGGUCCACGGUGAAGAUCCGUACUUGUUCUUCACAUGGAACGUCACCUACGGCACCAUCUCUCCAUUGGGAGUUCCUCAGCAAGCCAUUCUCAUAAAUGGUCAAUUCCCAGGACCCAACAUCAACUCUACAACCAACAAUAACAUUGUCAUCAAUGUCUUCAAUAACCUGGAUGAGCCAUUCCUAUUGACAUGGAGCGGCAUUCAACACAGGAAAAACUCCUGGCAAGAUGGAGUACUUGGAACGAAUUGUCCCAUUCCCCCGGGGAAGAACUACACGUACCACUUCCAAGUCAAGGACCAGAUUGGGAGCUACAUCUACUACCCCUCCACGGCUAUGCACAGGGCAGCUGGUGGUUUUGGUGGUCUUCGAGUAAACAGUCGACUCCUCAUCCCUGUCCCUUAUGCUGAUCCCGAAGAUGACUAUACUGUCCUCAUUGGCGAUUGGUAUACCAAGAGCCACACCAUGCUCAAGAAGUUCUUGGACAGCGGUCGCUCCUUGGGAAGGCCAGACGGUGUCCUCAUCAAUGGUAAAGUCGCCAAGGGUAAUGGCAAGGAUAAGCCUCUCUUCACCAUGAAGCCUGGCAAAACGUACAAGUAUAGGAUCUGCAACGUUGGACUGAAGAACUCCCUCAACUUCAGGAUCCAAGGGCACAGGAUGAAACUUGUGGAGAUGGAGGGUUCCAACACCGUCAAAAUGUACGAGUCCCUGGAUGUGCAUGUUGGCCAGUGCUUUGCGGUCCUUGUUACUGCCGACCAAGCCCCUAGAUACUUCAUGGUCGCAUCCACCCGAUUUACAAAGAACGUGCUCACUGCCACAGGCAUCAUUCGCUACACCAAUCAAGGGAGCGCUGCCUCACCUAAGCUUCCUUCCGCCCCUGUUGGUUGGGCUUGGUCCCUGAACCAGUUCCGCACCUUCCGUUGGAAUCUCACUGCCAGUGCUGCGAGGCCAAAUCCUCAAGGCUCCUACCAUUAUGGUGCUAUUAACAUCACGCGCACUAUCAAGUUAGUGAACACUGCUAGCAGGGCCGGUGGGAAGCUUCGGUACGGCCUCAAUGGCGUCUCCCAUAUCAACCCACCCACCCCGCUGAAGCUUGCGGAGUAUUAUAAUGUUGCGAACAAGAUCUUCAAGUACGACGUGAUCGGGGACGAACCACCAGCUAAGAUCACAGGUGUCACUAUGCAGCCGAACGUCCUCAACAUGACAUUCCGUAACUUCGUGGAGAUAAUUUUUGAGAACCACGAGAAAAGCGUCCAGUCGUAUCACUUGGAUGGAUAUUCAUUCUUCACCGUCGCCAUUGAGCCAGGCAGAUGGACCCCUGAGAAAAGAAGGAACUACAAUCUUCUCGACGCCGUUAGCAGGCACACCAUCCAGGUUUUCCCCAAGUCCUGGGCUGCCAUCCUUUUGACGUUCGACAACGCUGGCAUGUGGAACAUCAGGUCUGAGAUUUGGGAGAGGACAUACCUGGGCCAACAGCUCUACGCCAGUGUCGCGUCCCCGGUGCGCUCCCUCAGGGACGAGUACAAUAUCCCUGACAAUGCCGCGCUCUGUGGCGUCGUCACGAACUUGCCCAAGCCUCCGCCAUACACUAUCUGAGCCGUCUUCGCAAAAGGGAAGUAAUUAUAUCUGGUAGCAGUUAAUAACGGUGACGAGGUACUCCCAGAGCGGCUGCCCAUCUCACUGCGCCUCAUCAGCUUACAUAUGAAAACCCUUUCCUCAUUUGUAUUGCUACUAAACUUUUGUCUACUAUUCUAUUCUGUCCCUAGCUACCUCCUCCCUAAAUAAUAUACGUAGAAAUUUAAUUCAAUUGAAUUCAUA